CAUAUAACAAGAAAUAACUAAUAUGUAUGUUUUACUACAGAGAGUCAGUUCCACGAACAAGGGGAAAAGGGCCUUAUAUAAGUUCAAUCAUCGACUCAGUCGAAGAGGAUACGUUGGUUUGAUGAAAGAUGUAUGCUCAGAAACCGGUGCUUCUGAAGAUUUAGUUGAUAGAAGUGAACUUUGGAAGAGAGCUCGGAGAAUGAAAAAUGGAGGAUACGACCCCGAAACUGCAGACAUUAUUAACAAAAUUGUGAGCAACUUAAACAUUGUCCUUUAUAUUAAUGUGGUGAAAUAUGACUGCUUUCUUUUUUAUGUUACAGGAGAAGCUGAAAAAGGAGGUUGAAGAAAGGUCAUUGAAGUCAGAUGGAAGAAACGACAUACUUGCACAAUCACUGGGAAGGCUUCCUCAAACUGGUCACAUACAAGGUGUUGGCAAAUUUGUUAACGUUACAAAGUACUUUCACAGCGUGAAUGUACCUCGCUACUCAAUUGAAAAUCACUAGAUUGAGCUUUCUGCUUGGAAGAAAUCAAUUGAAAAGUAACUGGAAGAAAUCACAAACAUAUUAAAGGACAAAGCUCCAUAUUCAGAUGUAGAAAGUUCCACCUUCCCACCAUCUCCUUUAUUUCGUGAUGAUGAUUGCAUAGAAAAAGACAAGGACAAUGACAAAGUGGAUGGAGUUGAUGAA